AUGGGCGACCAUGUCCUAUUCUUCUACGGGACCCUGAUGGCUCCUCAGAUACUGCACCGUGUAAUACAUGGCCGUGCAGAUCCAGAGCACUGGCAAAAAGCGCUUCUGACCUUUCAGCCCGCCGUGCUGCACGGCUACCGGCGCCAUCGAGUGCGGGGCGCAGACUACCCGGGCAUCAUUCGAGCAUCCGAUUCUUCACAAUCUACAGAACAACCAGAAAAAGAGCCAACAAAUGGAAUUGAGGACAGCAAUUUGGCUCGAACAUCUGUCCUUGGAACCCUUGUCUCUGGCUUGACAGACGGAGACGUUCACCGUCUAGAUAUCUAUGAAGGAAGCGAGUAUGCCCACGAGAAGGUUAAGGUGCGGACAUUGAAGGAGGCGCUGCAUCAAGAACAGGAGUAUGAACACAGUAAUCCAGGCUCUGGUAGGAAUCUUCGCGAUGUUCUUGAGGCCGCUGGGGCGGAGUUUGCGGAUGAGAACGAGGAGGUAGAAGCUGUGACUUAUGUGUGGACUGAUGGUGCGGAGAGACUGGAGGGUGCGGAGUGGGAUUUUGAGACAUUCAAGAGGGAUAAGAUGGCUUGGUGGUUUGAUGAUGAUGAUCAGUGGUAG